AUGGAUGUGGAUGGGAAAACAACCGAAGGACUGCCUACGGAAGCUGUUCUCAAUCGCUCAGCAACGAUAUGGUACCCAGACGGCAACAUCGUGCUCCAGGCGGAAAACACCCAAUUCCGAGUCCACCAAAGUAUCCUGGCCAGGCACUCCGAAUUCUUUUCAAACAUGUUUUCUAUGCCCUAUCCCAGAGACCCAAUGGGACCAACAGUGGAGGGGUGCAAUGUCGUUUCGCUUGCGUAUGAUUCAGCCUCACACUGGCAAGCCUUAUUAGAAUUACUUUACGAUGGUGGAACAAAAUUUCUCAAGAUGGACUCGUCAUGGCCUCUCAAACUUGUUGAGGCCGUUUUGACUUUGGGGGACAAGUACACCUUCGACAACCAGCGCACGGAGGCCGAAACUCGCUUUCUAAAUACAUUCCCAGACGAAUUCGGCAUCAUGACACCCAAAGAUCCAGUUUUCUCUGAAAGGUGGAUAUAUCUGGACAAGGACAGGUCAUUUUGUGACUUUGUCAACCUGGCAUUCGAAUUUGAAGCCCUUCACAAAGCUUUGCCCUAUUAUUGCUCAGGUCUCUGGUCUCGGGGAUACCAAAAUUCUGGGUAA